AUGGCGGCCGAGGAGAAAGCCGCCGCCAUCGUCGAGCCGUUGGUGGGCGCCGUGGUGCAGGACACCAACUCCACUCGCUUCCUGGUCUUCAACUCCAAGACGGCGGAAGUGCUCAGCCAUCACCAGGUGGAAGUGGCGCAGGCGUUCCCCCGGGAGGGCUGGGCGGAGCAGGACCCCCAGGAGAUCCUGCAGUCCGUGUACGAGUGCAUGGCCAGGACGUGCGAGAAGCUCCUGCAGCUGAACGUGGACCCGUCCGCCAUCAAGGCCGUGGGGGUCGGCAACCAGCGGGAGACCACCGUGGUGUGGGACCGGCUGACCGGGGAGCCGCUGUACAACGCCGUGCUGGGGCUGGACCUGCGCGCGCAGGCGACGGUGGAGAGCCUGAGCGGGCGGCUCCCGGCCGGCAGCAACUUCGUCCGGGCCCGCACGGGGCUCCCGCUCAGCACCUACUUCUGCGCCGUGAAGCUGCGCUGGCUGCUGGACAACGUGGCGCGGGUGCGGGCGGCCGUGGCCGAGGGCCGGGCGCUGUGCGGCACGCUCGACUCGUGGCUCAUCUGGAGCCUGACGGGCGGCGCCCGCGGCGGCGUGCACGGCACGGACGUGACCAACGCCAGCCGGACGAUGCUCUUCAACAUCCACUCGCUGGAGUGGGACCGCGAGCUCUGCGGCUUCUUCGAGAUCCCCAUGGACAUCCUGCCGAGCAUCUGGAGCUGCUCGCAGAUCUACGGCCGGAUCAGGGCCGGGGCCCUGCAGGGCGUGCCCAUCUCCGGCUGCCUGGGCGACCAGUCGGCCGCGCUGCUGGGGCAGAUGUGCUUCCAGGAGGGACAGGCCAAGAACACGUAUGGCACGGGCUGCUUCCUGCUGUGCAACACGGGCCGCGCGUGCGUGCUCUCCGAGCACGGGCUGCUGACCACGGUGGCCUACAAGCUGGGCCGGGACAAGCCGGUGCACUACGCGCUCGAAGGCUCCGUCGCCAUCGCCGGCGCCGUGGUCCGCUGGCUCCGGGACAACCUCGGGAUCAUAGAGACCUCCAAGGACAUCGAAAAACUCGCCAACGAGGUCGGCACGUCGCACGGCUGCUACUUCGUGCCCGCCUUCUCGGGGCUGUACGCACCGUACUGGGAGCCCAGUGCCAGAGGCAUAAUCUGCGGCCUGACUCAGUUUACCAACAAAUGUCACAUCGCCUUUGCGGCCCUGGAAGCGGUUUGUUUUCAGACCCGGGAGAUCCUGGACGCCAUGAACCGGGACUGCGGGAUUCCGCUGCGUCACCUGCAGGUGGACGGCGCCAUGACCGCGAACCGGCUGCUCAUGCAGCUGCAGGCCGACCUCCUGCACAUCCCGGUGGUCAAGGCCGCGCUGGGCGACACCACCGCGCUGGGGGUGGCCAUGGCGGCGGGAGCCGCGGAAGGCGUCGGCGUCUGGAGCCUCGAGCCCAAGGACCUGGCGGUCGUCCGGACGGAGCGGUUUGAGCCCCAGAUCCAGGCCAGCGAGAGCGAGAGCCGUUACUCCAUGUGGAAGAAAGCCGUGACGAAGUCGAUGGGGUCUGUGCCAGCUCAGUCCCCCGAGGGCGGCGAGCCCACGAUCCUCUCCAGCAUGCCCCUGGGGUUCUUCAUAGUGAGCAGCAUGAUCCUGCUGAUCGGAGCCAGGCACAUCUCGGGCGCGCCGGAGUAACAGCCUCCCCGGGGUCCCAGGACGUGACCUCGUACACCCCGAAAGAAUCCAGCAAUUCUAUCUGCCUCUGGAAGUGCUGACACCAUUGCAGCUUCUGAUUUUUAUUUGCAAAACACUUGCCA